AUGUCGAGUGAGUGUUGCAGAUGUCGUCACCGUUGCAAUCAUUGGAAACUUCGGAAUUACUUAGCUUUUUGGUGUUUUGGUUUGGGUAAUAAUUUCUCAUAUGUUAUUAUGCUAAGUGCAGCUGUGGAUAUUAUACGAAAACAAGAUUCACAGAUUGAAUUCACUACGAACAUCAGUACAUAUCACAUAAACUGUACAAAGAUUGGGACGGGAAGUGUCCUGUUGGCAGAUAUACUUCCGAGUAUGAUUUUCAAGUUUAUUUCUCCAAUAUUCAUACAAAAACUUCAUUUCCACUUCAAAAUUUUAUGCGCUGUCCUACUGGCGAUUAAUAGUUUUCUGGUGGUUUCAUUUUCUCAGUCUUUCUCUACGAGUCUUUUUGGGAUUGUGUCGGCAAGUUUAUCUUCAGGAAUCGGAGAUGUUACUUUCUUAAGCAUGGUAGCUUUCUUUGACAAAUCUUGUAUUUCGGCUUGGGCAUGUGGAACUGGUGCAGCCGGUCUGAUCGGUUCACUUUAUUAUGUUAGUUUGACAUCAAUAACUACACCGGAAAUUACGUUAUGUAUUGUCAUUGUGGUUCCAUGUACUACAUUGUUAGUGUAUUUCUUCGUUCUAGACAGACCUCAUCAUGAAAAAUUUCGACUGUGUUUCAACCCUAUCGUUUCAUCGGACAAUUCCACGAUGUCAACAGAGAGGAUAAAUGCAUUGGUAACCAGUGAAGAGUCAGAGCACAUUGAAAUCGCUAAUGACAAUGAUGUAAUAACUGAUUCCGAUGGGUAUAUUCAACUGAGAAAUGAAGAUGAUAUGGUUUAUCAUGACAAUUCACAAGUUUCCAGUUAUUCAUCUCUACCUGUUCUACAUCAACAACAGCCUACAUGGAAAAUAAAACUACAGCUGUUGAAGGGAAUGUUUAGUUCAUUAUUUUGCCUAGUUUCAGUUUAUUUCUUCGAAUAUUUAAUUAAUCAGUCAUUGUUUGAAUUACUUUACUUUCAAAAUACACGUUUAACUGCUCCAGAACAAUAUAGAUGGUAUCAAGUACUUUAUCAAAUUGGUGUAUUCUUAUCAAGGUCGUCAGUCAGUUUUAUUCAGUUUAAGACUACUUGGAUUAUGUCAUUGCUACAAGCUAUGAAUUUUGUAAUUUGUUUAUUACAAGUGAUCUAUUCUUAUAUACCAUAUAUAUGGAUAAUGUUCAUUGUGAUAUUUUAUGAAGGAUGCCUGGGUGGUUUAACUUAUGUUAACACAUUUUAUAAUAUUCUUCAAGAAACUUCUCCGAUCUAUCGUGAAUCUGCAAUGGCAAUGGCAACUGUAUCUGAUUCAAUUGGCGUAGCUGGAGCUGGAUUUCUAUCCAUAUAUUUACAUAAUUGGUUAUGUAAUAUAUUAAUUUGA